AUGAAAACUAGUGGUAAUGACUUAGACAAUAUGGAAAGGUUAAAUUCUAUAAAAAAAGAAAACAUUCACAACACAGAAGAUGAAGAAGAUGACAGAAAUGCGGCCAGAGUAGAACAAAGUCAUGAUGAAGAAACAGAUGUAGAAAAAGUCGACAGAACAGAUGACGGAAUAAAUUCAUCAGAACUUAAAUGUACACAUAUUUUCAAUGACCAGUUGAAUUCAUCAGAUUCUACUCAGUUGAAAACUAGAAAUCAUAGAAAGUGUAGAGCCCCAUUACUACAUCAUAAUAACCGAGUGAAAAAUAAACAUUUACACACACAAGAUAUUAACAACAAAAAGUCAGAAUCACACUUAUCAUCUAGUUCACUACCAGAAACUAUAAAAAAUGAGUCUACACCAUCUUUAUUAACACAAAUUAAACAGCAAUUUAGACAAUUCUGUGAAACAACUUCUUUACGAGGUGUACCAAAAAUUGUCAGUACAAAAGAUUCAAAGCGUCGGUUUUUAUGGCUUAUCUUUGUUAUCGCCUUUUUCAUUGGUUGUAUCACAUGUUUAACAUUUAUUAUUAAUCAGUAUUUAGAAUUUGAUGUUAUUCAUCAACCAAAAAAACUUUACGAUCAACCACGACCAUUUCCCUCGGUAACACUAUGCAAUCUACGUCCAUUCUCUACACGUGAUAUACGUAAAUUGAAAAAAGCUGGUGUUCUACCUGUGGAUAUGUACUUUGAAAUGUCAAAACGUUUUGCCGGCAGUAUACCUACCGAGUAUCGUCGAUAUUUAACUAUGCUAUGGGAUUUUUCUACAUAUUUAGCCAACCUUCCAGAAUUAGUUGAUGCUAAAAACUUGGGUCAUUCCUGGAUGAUAUUGUAA